AUGUCUGCAAACUUGGACAAGUCUCUCGACGAGAUUAUCGGCAGCAACAAAAAGCCUAUCAGAAAGAUUAACAAGAAGGCGCCUAAGAAGGUCUCCAAGCAAAUCGUUGGUGGAGGCCGCCGCGGUGCUUCGGUAGCUGCUGUUAGACAAAGAGCCGCGCCUAACAAGGCCGCUAGUGUUCUUGAAGGUGCCUACGGCACCAAAGUCAGCGUCGAAGGGCUGCCAAGAGACAUUAAACAAGAUGCUGUUAGAGAAUUUUUUGCUACUCAGAUUGGCGGCAUUGCAAGAGUGCUUUUGAGUUACAAUGAAAGAGGCCUUUCCACUGGCAUGGCAACUAUUACAUUCAAAUCAGGUGAAAAGGCUAAAGAGGCGGUUAAGAAGUUUAACGGCGCCCCAAUCGACGGUGGUAAGUCGAGACUGAGGUUAAGCUUGAUUGUUGAUCCAACAAAGAAGCCAUUGGCUUCAAGAAUCCAGGCUGUAGUGGAAAGAAAGCCAGUUCCAGCGAGAGGACCAAACAAAAAGGUUGCCGCGGUCAAGAAGCAAAAGCGCGAAGAGAAGAAGAAGCAGCCUAAGCCUGAGAAGAAGAGUCUGGAACAGCUGGACCAAGAGAUGGCCGACUACUUCGAGGAGAAGAAGGAUUAA